UAUCAUCUUCUGCCUCUACAAUAAAACGCUCGCAUAUGUUUUUUUCUUUUUUCCUUUUUCCAAAUCAUUCCUCUCCAAAAAUAAAUGUCCCAAGAGUUUCAUUCCUCUCCAUUCCCUUGUAAUUUCCAAAAGCAUCUACGAAAUUCCCUAGAGAAAAAAGAUUGUUCAUAUUGUACUAAUUGGUGUAUUCUACAAAGAAACUUAUAGGACUCCAAAUUUUUUUCCAUUAAUAGCUUUUUUGGAAAUGGGGUUUCUUUGAAAUGAUUGUGAAUUACAAUGGACUUAAAGAAACUUUCAAUUUCUGAUCAAUUUUCAUACUUGGGUUCAUCUCCAAGAAGGAGUAUAGUUGUUUCUGGCUUUGGUUUGUUUCUUGCGUCUUCUUUCAUUUUCCUUUGUAUUCUACUGUUGAAUUAUUCGUUCAAGUCUCCAUUUUUAAGCCCUGUUUUAAGUGGUUUUAGUUAUAGUGAUAAAAGUACCCUCAUUUCUUGGCCAUUCUCUUCUUCUAGUAAUGUUAGUACUACUAGUGUUAGUUUUAGUUCUAAGGGUUCUCAUUCUUUAGUAAUAAAUGGAACGAUUGAAGGAAGCAUACAUGAAGGGAACUUGUCUCAGAUUGUGAAAAAUGGAAAUCUUAAUGUUGAAGAAUCAGGGAUUACCAAGAAUAUUCAUGAAUUAAAUGGUUCUCAAGUUGAUGAAAGUAGGAAUUUUUCCAAUUUUUCUAGGAAAGGAACAGUUUUGGGGGAAAAGGGGGAAGUUUGGGGAAAUACCCAUGUGGGGAAUUUCUUUGAGAAUGUGAAAAAUGGAAGCUUUGUUGUUCAAGAAUCAGGGAUUACCAAGAAUACCCCUCAAUUGAAUGGGUCAUGCAUUGAUGGAAAUAUAACAUUUUCCAAUUUUUCUGGUGCUAGUGAUAUUGGUUCUGUAAAUAGUAAUGUGGGCGGUCCUACUUAUGUUGAGGAUGUUGUUGGAUCAAAUGGUGAAAGAAAAAAAGUUGCAGUGAUUGAAGGUAAAGGGGGUGUAUCUGUGGAGCGGAACGGUGGAAUUGGUUCAAAUGAUGGAAAAUCAUUGAUUGGACGCGGCAAGGACUUUUAUGGGGAUUGUGAUAUAUUUGAUGGCGAAUGGGUUAGAGAUGACACGAAGCCACAUUAUCCUCCGGGUUCUUGUCCUAUUAUUGAUAGAGAUUUUGAUUGUCACCUUAAUAAGAGGCCAGAUGAUGGGUAUAUCAAGUGGAGAUGGCAGCCAUAUGCAUGUGAUAUACCGAGCCUCAAUGCAACUGAUUUUCUGGAGAGAUUGAGAGGGCAAAAGCUUGUUUUCGUGGGGGAUUCUUUGAAUAGGAACAUGUGGGAGUCCCUUGUUUGCAUUCUUCGCCACAGUAUCCGAGACAAAAAGCGAGUUUAUGAGAUAUCAGGAAGGCAUGAAUUCAAAAAGAAGGGCUUCUAUGCAUUCAGAUUUGAGGAUUAUAACUGUUCUGUGGACUUUGUUAGCUCGCCGUUUCUGGUCAGACAAUCAGCUUUUAAGGGAAAGAAUGGUUCUUUCGAGACACUAAGAUUGGAUUUGAUGGAAAAGACUACUUCAAUGUAUAGUGACGCUGAUAUUGUAAUCUUUAACACUGGUCAUUGGUGGACUCAUGAAAAAACCUCCAGAGGGGAAGACUACUACCAGGAAGGUAAUCAUGUGCAUGCUAGGCUCAAGGUUUUAGAAGCGUACAAGAGAGCGCUUUCCACUUGGGCAAGGUGGGUGGAUAAGAACCUUGAUGGAAGCAGAACUCAAAUUUUUUUUAGAGGAUAUUCCGCCACUCACUUCAGGGGAGGUCCAUGGAAUUUAGGUGGGCAGUGCCAUAAAGAAACGGAACCAAUAUUCAAGAAGGCUUAUUUAAAAAAGUACCCUUCAAAGAUGAAAGUCCUACAUCACGUGCUUCAUAAUAUGACGACCCCUGUUAUCUAUAUGAACAUUAGUAGGCUUACAGACUAUAGAAAAGAUGGUCACCCGUCGAUAUACAGAAAGGAGUAUAAGACAGUAGAAGAACAAAUGGCGGGAGUACACGCUCAAGAUUGCAGUCAUUGGUGCCUACCAGGAGUACCGGACACUUGGAACGAGUUGUUAUAUGCAUCUCUCCUGAAAAGCAGAAAAGGUUUGUGGAAAAACUGAAGUUGAACUGGAUUAUUUGUCCAGAUUCGUUUUGGUCAUUCUUUCUAUUUUUGGUACUUGUCCAUAUAGAGCAGGUAUCAUUACAGAGAGUUCUUGUGUAUUCUUGGAGUUGGAAAGUUGAUCUGUACAAUUUGUACAACAUUCUGCUAUUGAGGAAAAUAAAACAGAAGGGAAUGAUAAAGCAAAUUCUUGAUUAGCUGACAUUGGUGUAUAUGUAACGUUUAAGCAUGAAAUAUCCACAAUGAAUGAA